UGUUUUAAAUUUAGAUUGUUAAUAAUUAAAUAUAUAUCUUAAUAAAUCUUAACAAUGUUUCUAGCAAAUAAAUUUAGUUUGCAAUUUCAUUAGGUACAUAUGUUUUUUAUUGGAUAAAGAUGGAAUGUUGGAUCCACCAAGGCUAAUUAAUAUUACAAUGCAAAAUGAAGUCAGACAUAUCAUGGACAAUUUAACAGGAAUUAAUAACGAUGGUUUCCAGGAAGAACUGGAUGAAGAUCGAAUGGCAGCAACGCGAGGCUAAGGAAGUGACGAUUCGGUGGAAUCAAACCGGCGACAGUGCUCAGUGAAUAAAAGUGAUCUUAGUGAUUGUUUAGUUCCGUGAAUAGUGUUUUUGUUUUCGAUUAUCAUUUACAUACAAAUUAAACAAAAUGUUUGGGUCAAGGUGGCCCAUAUUAUGCUUACCCAUUCUACUGGCGGCGUCGGUAUGCGGAAGCGAUAUCCUGAUGAUCACGAUGGGAGGCACCAAGUCACAUAAGAUGCCGUUCUGGGAACUUGCUAGAGGACUUAUUAGAAGAGGGCAUAACAUCACAUUCAUAAGUGCAUUCCCACCUGACUUCCACAUUGAUGGCUUAGAAGAGAUAGCACCAGAGGGCUUGGUCUCCUAUGUUAGAAGCUACAUGACCUUCGACCUGGUGGGCGCCAGGAUGAAGGGUGAGGAGCCGCUGCCUCUGAUGGAUAUCCUCAGAUUUGGAUAUGAGGCCUGUGACGCAUUCUUCAGCGACUACGAGACAAAAUCUUUCCUCAGAUCUGGAAGGAGCUUCGAUCUCGUCAUACUUGACGGUACUUAUCCUGAAUGUGCUUUGGGUGUAGUCUACAAACUCAAGGUUCCGUUCAUGUACAUCAACACGGUCGGAUUCUACGCCAUGCCAUUCAGCAUAUCCGGUAGUCCAACUCCAUACUCAGUUACACCGUUCUUCGGGAGGGCGUUCACUGACAACAUGGGAUUCGUAGAUAGGGCCCUAAAUACUGCCUUGCAUGUUGCUGCAGUUGCUCUACACAGUUUAAGUAUUAUGGUCCUAAGUGGAGUUCUCAAGAAGCACCUUGGACCUCAAACACCACAACCCUAUGAGAUGGCGAAGAAUGUCAGUUUCAUAUUACAGAACGGACACUACUCAGUUUCAUAUCCUAGGCCUUAUUUACCAAAUGUGGCUGAAGUUGCCUGCAUUCAUUGUAAAGAGGCGAAAAGACUAAGCCCUGACAUUGAAGAAUGGAUCUCAGGCGCUGGUGAAGCUGGUUUCGUGUAUGUAUCUAUGGGGUCCUCGGUCAGAACUAACAAGAUGCCUUUAGCUGCUCAUCGGAUGAUAGUCAGUGCUUUGGGAAGGUUACCUCACAGGGUACUUUGGAAGCAAGAUGGAGAACAAAAUUUGACGGAUAUUCCUUCCAAUGUGAGACUUUACAAGUGGCUUCCACAGCAAGAUUUGCUUGGUCAUCCCAAGAUUAAAGCUUUCAUCACGCACGGAGGUCUUCUCAGUAUGUUCGAGACAGUUUAUCAUGGAGUUCCCAUCGUCAGUAUACCAGUGUUCUGUGACCAUGAUGGGAACGCAGCUAAAGCCGAAAUCGACGGAUAUGCUAAGAAACUAGAUCUACAACACCUGACCGCUGAUAAAUUAUACAAAGCGAUUGAAGAAGUUGUAAACGAACCCAAAUAUAAAAGGGAAGUGAAAAAGAGACAAUUCCUCUUAAGGGAUCAAAAAGAAACACCCUUAGAACGAGCUAUUUACUGGACCGAGUACGUAAUAAGACACAAAGGCGCUUACCACUUGCAGUCUCCGGCGAAGGAUUUGAACUUCAUACAAUAUUACUUGUUGGAUGUAUUCCUAGUAUUUGUUCUAACACUCAUUACAAUUUCAGCUCUUGUAACCUACGUCAUAAGGCUUGGUUUUAACAAGUUAGCGACUUACGUACAAAGUAGACGAGUGAAUGACCUGAUAGACAAAUCAAAUAAUUUGUUGCAACGUUCCAAGAUUUUAAUAGAUCAAACGACGAUAUCAAAGAAAAAACUGUAAUGACUGAUAUUGUUAAGAUUUUGCUCACAAAUAUGUUACCAACAGGGUCACCAUAAGAGAUUUGGGUAUAUUUUUGUCGAAUAGAAAUCGCUAUUGUAAAUAUUUAGGUUAGAAUGUAGUACUUAAUUGACAUAUACAGUUCUUUGUUAAUUAUUUAAAAGUGAUAUAUAAUUAUAAGCAAACAUAAUAUUAUGUACAAUUUGUUACCUUUGUUGAAGUAAAAGUUACACCUAUUGUAAAUAAACGUUUUGAGGUAGCCUCAUACCUUGCCUUUACCACAGAUAAUAUAAUACUAUACCCUUUACCAAAACCGGUAGUAGCAUCACUGAUAAAAUCAUAGAUAAAAUAUGGCCAAAAAUUUUCAAAAAAACGUAGGUGAAUGCAGUUUGCUUGGUACGAGUAUAAACGUUUUGUUACCAAAGUUUCUAAAAUUUUUAAUGCACAGGUUUAAAAUAUGUGGUCAAUAUAUUUGCAAGCAUCUGUUUCGGAAAAAAUUAAUUGCGACGUUUUAAAAAAUCUUUUGAUCACUUGGUUUUAAAUCAGCAGUUUUAAAUCCUCUAGGGCUCGACUGCACUCGGCAAUUUUAUAUUGUGCCUGUUUUUUUUUAAUUAAUAUAUUUGACUAUAACAAGUAAUUUUAUAAUAUUCUAAAUAUCUUUCCUUUUGUUUUCAACAUUUUUUACAUACUGUCUUUCUUUUAUUACUAUGUUAAUAUUUGAAAAAGUAAGCAUAUACACACAGGUUCUCUGUCGAAUAAUCCGACUGGGAUGGUUAAAAGGUAAUUAUAAUAGUUAAUUAUCAUUAUAGUAAUUAUUUAAUCUACAAAUUGUUAUAAUAACUAUCUUACGAAUUCGAUGUUUAAAUUUUCAAAAUUCUAUCAAAUGACAAUGCGCGCAUGACAUUCCUGGUGUCAUAGGCGUCCAUAGGUGACGUUAACCAUUUAUCAUUAGAUGGGUAUACCUGAAGGGUUUUUGUUUGCUGCAAUAAGUUUAAAAGAGUUCAACCAUCAUGACUACUAAGAUACAAAUGUUUUUAUAAGGUCUUUAGAGAGACAUCGACAUUUUUGGCAUCUCCCUACUAGUGAAACAGAACAUUUCUCUUAAAGAAAAAAUACGUUGUGAAAGAAAAUAAAAAAAAGUUUGAAUUAUUAUUAUUUUUAAUUAGUGUUCUAAUUAAUUACAACGGUGUUACUAUUUGAGAAACUAUAUGAAUAGAAAUUAAAUGCUGUUCAGUAGUAAGUUGCAAGUAAGUAAGUUACUUGAGAAUGUUUGAACCAAUUGAAAUAAAAUUUCAUGUAAUUUAUUUUUACAUAUUCGAAAUUCAAUUGAACUUUUAUGAACGUUUGAAAGUAAUUUUAGAACUCGACAAUUAUUUUUCAAUGUUCAUAAAGAUAAUGUUGACAGCUAAUUUUACUAUAUAAUUAACAUUCUCGAUCUGCAAAAUAGGUAUUCGUUGAAAAUCAAAAAACCAAAAAUAUUUUUAUUUUGAUAUACUAACUUAAAAGCCCGAAUUAUGAUUUUUGUAUAAAUUAGCAAUAAAAUUAAUCAUAAUUUAUGUGUUUAUAAGUAUUAUUAAUAAAUAAUAAUCUGAAUAUACAAUAUUUUUUAAAUAUUGCUCAUUUUAUUUACCUGUCCUUUUAAGUAGGUUAUAAAUGUUAUAUAGUCUGUUUUUGUUUGCUAUUAUAUUGAUUUUUAUAUUGAUUAUAUUAUAUUUAUGCUAUUAUGAUAUAUAUCCUUAUCUAAUAAAAACAGUAGCACAAAAUGGUCACAACUUAGCUUAUUGCUUUGCCCUCAAAAGAGCAAAGCACUGAUAUUCU